UUUACACUUUGGCGUGACAGGCGUCGAGUUCAAGGCCCAAAAACGCUUAGCUCACGACCACUCGACCGCCUCCCCUCUUUUUUCCUCCCCCUAAAAACUCCCUUGAGUCCGACUACGUCACAACUUCUCAUUUCCCUUCCCUUCACAGUUACUCUGGGAUUCUGUGCAGAAUAACGGACGGACAUCAACAAAUUGCCUUGAAUAAGUCUUCAAGAGCAUUGCCUGCGUUCUGAUCUAUAUUAUCUUAUUCUCCUUACUUAUUGUUGUGAAGAGUUACUCCGUCUUUUUGCCACCAGUCUUCACUCGAUUCUUUUUUUUUCUUUCCUUUUUUUUUUUUCUUUCUCUCUUCUUUCCGGCUUUAGGUUCUCUUGACUCGCGCGGCUCCUUCGCUUGUCUAAUAUAACCGUGACCUCCAGCUGAACUAUGUCUGCAGCUGUUGCAUCAACAGUUACAGACACCUUAACCCAUCGCGCUGAUACAAUUAAUACAUCCCCAAUGGACGCGAAAAAGAACGCCUUGGAAACUGAAGACUCCCAGGCGCCGUCUUCAGAGAUCAAGAAUAUAAAGUCCGACGUAGAUCCCCAGACCUCACUGGCGCCUCCUCCGCGGCCGGCUAUAACAUCAGCUGCGGAUACCCCAGAUUACUUUAACUCUGUGCAUAAUCCCUUUUCAUUGGAACCGAAUCCCUUUGAGCAAUCCUUUGGUGGUGGCACUAGUGGUGGCUCCUCUGGCGAGACACCCGGGAAGUCGAUCCUUCCUCCAGUCGCUUCGCUCACGUCUCCUGCCCUACCUGGUACUAGCUCGGCCGGAGGCGGUUAUAGCUGGUCCAACUCGUUGCGCUCUGGGCCCUUGAGCCCGGCCAUGCUCGCUGGUCCGACUGGCUCAAGCGAUUAUUUCGACAGCAUUGGCAGAGGCUUCCCUACCCCGAACGAGUCCUCUCUGCGCACCGGGUUGACUCCUGGUGGUGGAGGUUCCAUGUUCCCGGCACCUAGCCCGAACUCGCAGGCGCUCCUGCAGCAACUGCAAAGUGGGGGUGCAACUCCCUCAACUAUUGAGUUUCAUCGUACAGCGUUGAACGCUGCCAAGAAAAACGCUCUCAAUGGCCCAACUUCUAACCCGACAUCUGAUCCUGAACAAGCAGCACAGAACACGAACAUGGAUAUCAAACCCAACCAGCCGGAUCCUUUCGGCCAUCAUGAUGCUGCCGAUGCCGCGAAUGGGCUGUUUAUGCUAGCCAAGGGCGGACAAGCAAACCCUAAUCAAUUUGCUGUUUCCAACCAGACGUCAAUACCACCACAGAACAUUCAAAACAACGAUCAAGCUCGCGAUUCUGACCGGCGAACUUCUAACGGUGGCAGAGAGACAAGUGGCGACGUAUCUGACGUGCAAGGUGAACAGGCAAAGCCUGCCACGAAAGGAAAGAAAAAGAAUAUUGCUACUAAGACCGGCGGGGCAGCGAACAAUCGGCGUAAAGCAGAUGAUGCUCCAGCUAAAGGGUCAAACAAGAAAGCCAAGCUCAGCUCUGGUAGCACCGAGCCUCCUUCUGAUGCCGGUGAUUCAGAAGAAGAGGAAGAGCAGAAGAAGAAGUCACAGACGGACAGCAAGAAGAUGACGGAUGAAGAGAAGAGGAAGAAUUUCCUCGAGAGAAAUCGGGUCGCUGCACUGAAAUGUCGCCAGAGGAAGAAACAGUGGCUUGCCAACUUGCAAGCGAAAGUUGAGCUCUUCACUUCAGAAAAUGAUGCGCUUACUGCUACCGUCACUCAGUUGCGUGAAGAGAUCGUCAACCUCAAAACACUCCUGCUAGCACAUAAGGACUGCCCGGUUUCCCAGGCCCAAGGUCUCGGGCCCUUGAUGAUGAACGGCAUGUCGGCAGGAUUUGACCCUCAUCCGUACAACAUCCCUAACAACAUGGGAAUGCAACCAGGCGCACCUAUCCCUGCACAGGGAAUCCGAAGACAAUGAUUUUAAUCUCUAGACUGCGAUCUUAAUAUCCUCCGAUCUUAGUCUAAUCGCGUUGCUACGACUUACAACGUUUCUUUGCUUUGCACCACUGGAUGCAGGGCCAUUUCUGUCUAGAGCCCAGACCAUUCCCAUGGGUUCAUAUCACGUUUCAGUUUCAUUUGGCUCCCGUUCUUAACGUGGGCCUCUGGGCAUGGGUAGGUGUUAAUGAUGUAUACGAAUUCAAAAAUUGGACUGGCUGAAUCUGAUGGUGCGAUACGGGAUUUUAUUGAAUCUCUGGAGGGUGCAAACUUGGCGCAAAAGCUUCUUUUGGCUGUGUUACUCUAUUAUUUCCUUGUCUUUCUUCCUUAUUCCUUUACACUUCUCCCCUGUCUUUUUCUACACUACAUCUUGAAACCCGAGUCCAUGAGUUGAGGGGCUGGGGUUUGUGUGUUGCUUAUUUGCGUCUUCUGGGUCUCUUUUGCCUCCCUUGAUCUUGGGACCUCAAUUCGGCUGUCUGAUAUUCGAAAGACACGGGAUCAUGUGUCUUUCCCCUUCUUCUUUCCUUUCUCGAGAUACAGCGUUAAUUGGGCGGCGUUCUGGGGGCUGUUUGCUUUUCCCGUUCAGUGUUGCGACAGCGACUAGCAUGUCAGAUGGUCCUAGUUUUGACAAUUCAAACAUGCUGAGAUUGAAUCAAUUCAAUCUUUAAUGA